AAGAGAUCAAAAAAGGGAAGAGAUGAGGGGGAAGAAUAUAUCUGUGAAAGCAUUCCUGAACAGUUUGGCUUGAAGUCUCAUAAAAGAAGUGACCCAUAACAUCAGCUGAGAUCAUGCAGGCCCCCAUAUGUCUGGUGGAAAACAAAAAUGGAGAACUGAUAGUAAACCAGCAAGCCCUACAGAUUCUUACUUCCAUCACCAAGCCUGUGGUGGUGGUAGCCAUUGUUGGCCUGUAUCGUACUGGAAAAUCCUACCUGCUGAACAGGCUGGCAGGAUACAACACAGGCUUCUCCCUUGGCUCCACCAUUGAGUCUCACACAAAGGGCAUCUGGAUGUGGUGCGUCGAUCAUCCCACAAAACCUGACUAUACCUUAGUUCUUCUUGACACUGAGGGCCUUGGUGAUGCGAAAAAGGGUGACUCCAAUAAUGACUCCUGGAUCUUUGCCCUGGCCAUCUUGCUCAGCAGCACAUUUGUCUACAAUAGCAUGGGCACAAUCAACUACCAGGCCUUGGAACACCUAUAUGUGACAGAGCUGACCAAGUUAAUCAAAGUCAAAUCCUCACCCAACCCUGAUACAGAAGAAAACUCAGCAGACUUUGUGGGCUUCCUUCCAGACUUUGUGUGGACUGUGCGGGAUUUUAUCUUGGACCUUGAGCUGGAUGGACAGUCUAUCACUUCAGAUGCAUACCUGGAAAGUUCCUUGGAACUCAGUAAAGGAAAAUGCCCCAGAGAUCAAAUGGCCAACCUUCUACGAGGGUGCAUCAAAAAAUUCUUUCCAGAACGAAAGUGCUUUACUUUUGGCUUUCCAAUGAAUAACAUUUUACUCUUAAAGCAUCUUGAAAGAGUCCAUGACAGUGAUCUGGAUGCUAAGUUCAGGGAUCAAGCAAGCAACUUCUGCUCUUACAUCUUUUCCAAUGCAAAACCCAAAACCCUCAGUGGGGGUAUAAUUAUAAAUGGAAAUCGGUUGGGAAUGUUGGUAGAGACUUAUGUGAAGACCAUUUCUAGUGGAGACAUUCCCUGCCUGGAGAAUGCAGUAUUGACUUUGGCUCAGAUUGAGAAUUCAGCUGCUGUGCAAAAAGCUACCAAUCAUUAUGUAGAACAGAUGGGUCUCAAGGUGGACUUCCCCACAGAAACUCUCCAGACUCUGCUAAACCUACAUACAAAUUGUGAGAAAGAAGCCAUCUCAAUUUUCAUGAAGCAUUCCUUCAAGGAUAGCACACAGAAGUUCCAGAAAGAACUGGCGAAAAUCUUAGAAACCAAGAUGAAGGAGUUCAUACAUCAGAAUGACGAAGAAUCAACCAAACGUUGUCAAACUCUGCUUAAUUCCCUCUCUGAGACAUUAAAGGAAGCCAUUUCUCAAGGUGCCUUCUGUUUGCCAGGAGGUUACAAUCUCUACAAGAAAGAAAGAGAAAAAAUACUGAAUGAUUAUGAUAAAGCACCCAGGAAAGGGGUAAAGGCAGAUGAGGUCCUCCAAAGGUUUCUACGGUCACUUGCAAUGACAGAAGAAUCCAUCCUGAAGUCGGAUCGAGCUCUCACUGAACAAGAGAAGGCCUUGGAAGCUGAACAAGUCAAAAGAAAAGCAGCUGAGAAGGAGCAGAAGUUUUUGGAAGGGCAACAGAAGGAGUUACAGGAAUUAAUGGAAGCUCAGCAGAGAACUUAUGAAGAAAACAUCAAGCAAUUGGAAAGGAAGAUGAUGGAAGAGAGGGUCCAGAUCAUGAGAGAAAAUGAAAGGAUUCUAAAUAUUAAACUAAAGGAACAAGAGAAGCUCUUGGUUGAUGGCUUUCAGAAGGAAGCUGAGAAGAUGGCCAAAGAGAUAAACGACCUACAAGAAAAAAUCAAAUCUGCUGAAAGUGACGAAACCCCUGGGAUAGCCAAAGCUCUAGAUUGUUUAGGCACUGGAAUGAUAUUUGUUUUACCUGGUACAGGAAAACUGGUUGGCUUUGGGGUGAAGGCAAUGAGCUACUUUAUACCAAAAAAAUGACACUGAGAUCUCCCUACGUGUGUGUGUUUGUGUUUCCUGCUUCUAAUUCUCCCAAGCAUUAAAAAGGAAAACUGAUGCUCAUCAGAAAAGUUGCUCUGAAAAGCAUUCACCUCUUCAGUAUUAGUUAACUGAGACUUCAUUCCACUAAAUGAAAGACUCCUUUCCUUUAAGGUAAAGAGUCUGGGAGAAAGAAAACCCCAUUCCUUUUGAUGACUUCAGAGUCAGAAGGUAGGCUGGAUGGUCAUGGGAUCUAACUGCCUCAUUUAAACAUGGCUCCUUAAUGCCAUGGGUAGGGCAGAAUUUAAAAUCAGGGAGACCUGAGUUCAAAUCUGCCAUUAGACACUUAAAUGAUGUAGAUCCCUAAGAAAGUCACUGAACGCUCUGGGUUUUAGUUUCCUCAUCCAUGCAAUAGGGGUGAUAAUCGCACCUACCUCACAGGUUUGUUGCAAGGAUUAAAUAAGUAAAGCUUUUUGGAAACUUUAAAGUGAUAUAUGAAUGUGAGCUACUAAUAGUAAGAAACCACAAGGCCCAGAUAUAUGCUGUAAUCUCCCCCCAAAUCAUACAUAAAAUGGGGCUUCAAUGGAGGCCUCUUGACUUUGAUAUGUUCUGAAAACCAUGGAGGACAAAUCCCUUUACCUCUCUCCAGAGAUAACUACACUCCAAUUUGUCCCUGUGAUUCUUCAAAUUUGUAGAAGUUCAAGUAAAAUGGUCCCCAAUUUAAGAACCCCUAAUUAAGCUCUGAAGUAUUAAGAUUUGGGGUGAUCAAUGGAAAGUGUAUUGAAUUUAUAGUCAGAAGACCUGAGUUCAAAUGCCAACUCUAAUACUUAUUGUCUGUGUGACCUUGGAUAAAUCAUUUAAC